UACUCUUGGAGCAUGGGAGCGGACAUCAGGGCUGUGAUUCGUACACUUAGGAUCUUCAUUUUUAAAUCUUACCACCAAAAAUUCAGUUUUCAGGAGGUAAACUUAACUCGGUGCUUUGUGACGUCUCAAAAUGAAGACUUCAUCAGCUGUCUGGUUCCAGCUGUGUUUGACUCUGGUGGUUUGUGGUGACUCCUGCACCUGUAAGCCUUUCAGUAACCACGUUCAGAAAAAGGAACUGGAGAAAUUCUACCAACAGUUGUCUGAGGACCUUCUGGAGGAAGAGGACGCUGAGUCCAGAAUGGAAAGCAUCUUGGGGACAAUGAAGGAAGGUUUUCUGAGGCAGCUCAACCUGUCAGAUGUUCCACAGGAGUGCAGUAGGAUCUCACCCCCCCAGUUCAUGGUUGAGCUGUACAACAAAUACGCCUCGAACAGAUCGGUGGUCCCUCAGUUUGAUGUCAUACGAAGCUUCAUGGUCCAGGAUAUUCUAUCUGUGUCUAAUGGCACAAGGUCAAAACACCAGCUGGAGUUCAACGUCAGCAUUCCCAACCAUGAGAAAAUUAUCACAGCUGAACUCCAGCUCCUCUUCUUCCCUGAUGUCAGGUCAAAGGUCACCUCCCAGAGUUUCAAAGCCACUGUUAAAGUCUAUGGAGCCAGUAGCAACAAUUUAACACAUCUGCUGGAUGGCAAGGAGUUGUUGGUGCCGCAGAGCACCUGGUCAUCCUUUGAUGUGACCACAGCAGUCCAGAGCUGGAUGAAGUCAGGCCAGGGUGUUUCUGUUUUUGAUGUAGUGGUGGAUACGAUGGACUGCAGCUCCUCUGAUAAAGUAAAUGAGACUCACAGCUGUUUACAAAUGAGCAGAUCUGCUGGAGAUAAUGCCUCAGCUGCUUUAAUAGUCUUCUCUGAUGACGCUGGUAGCAGGAGGAGGGAGACAAAGAAGGAGCUUAAAGAGAUGAUCUUUCAUGAGGAGGAAACCCUCCUUCACAUAGAGGCCAGCUGGAGCAGAGAAAAUCAACAUUCAAACGAUAUUCCUGAAGGUCCUCAAUCACGAAGGGUAAAGAGGAAGGCAACCAUGGAAUACUGCCGCCGAACCUCACUCAAAGUCAACUUUAAAGACAUUGGCUGGGACAGCUGGAUUGUGGCCCCUCCGGAGUACGAUGCCUAUGAGUGUCGAGGACUUUGCUACCACCCACUGACCGAUGAAUCUACUCCAUCAAAGCAUGCCCUCAUCCAGGCUCUGAUGAACCUCAGAGACCCCAAGAAGGCCAACAUGGCGUGCUGCGUCCCCAUCAAACUAGACCCAAUCACAGUCAUGUAUCAGGAAAAUGGACGCCUCACUAUAAGAUACCUGUAUGAAGAGAUGCAGGUGGCCGAGUGUGGCUGUAGGUAGUCAGAGAGCCUGGUUAAAAAUGUGUAGAAGCUCAUUUCUGCCAACUAAAAGUACAGAUGGCAGACUUUUAAGGUCAUAAAGUUAAAAUCCUCUUAAUGAGUUUUUGAUUCAUAAUUAUUUAUUUAAUAUCUCUAACAAAGCCACCAAGUAAAAACAAUUGUUGAUUUGUAAUUUGUCCGAUUCAUUUCUGUAUUGAUGGUUGCUUUACUGCUCUGUGUUCUUGUCUAACUUUGAUUCCAAACAGAUCAAGAUGGCAAACAUCUAACUCAAUAGGGUAGAGUCGAAGUCCCAAACCCCCGGGUCAUGGAUCUAAGUAGUACCUGGACACACAGAGAGUAUAAAAUCAUCUUUUAAAUUACCUUUGACUUUUAUUGUUUACUUGUUUUCUCUAUUAUGAAAAUGUAUAAAAAUUGUUAAUAAUAUAUUAUGUGACAAUAAUAUAAAUAAAGUGCUAAAUAUGUACAUU